CGCUGCUACGACUCGCUUCGCGCAUGCGCGGGGGUGGUUGUUUUUCACAAAGCUGUUCUUAAAGUGAGCUGGCAGCGUGCGGGCCAGCUGCCUUUGUACGUAUAUCGUAGUGUUGGGCGGCUGUCGUUGUCUUCUCAGCAAUUCCGAUGAAGCGUUCGUAGGGGACACGCUGAUCUUGUUGGCAGGCUCUACGCAGCAGAGGCGUUGUUCAGUGUAAAGUGAAGGUCGCGUUUUGUAUGAGACCUUGACUUUUUUUUGUUUUCCUUGCAGUAUAUUUUUAUACACUUCGUUAAAAAUCAUGGUGCUGGGGAAGGUGAAGAGUUUGACAAUAAGCUUUGACUGUCUCAGUAACAGCAAUAUCCCCGUGUAUUCUAGCGGGGACACAGUCUCAGGAAGGAUCAGUUUAGAAGUUACUGGGGAAAUUAGAGUGAAAGCUCUUAAAAUUCAUGCAAGAGGACAUGCAAAAGUACGUUGGAGCGAAUCUAGAAAUGCUGGAUCCAACACUGCCUAUACACAAAAUUACACUGAAGAAGUAGAGUAUUUUAACUAUAAGGACGUUCUAGUCGGGCAUGCAAGAGAUGAUGACAAUUCCGAAGAAGGACUUCACAUCAUUCAUUCAGGAAGGCAUGAAUAUGCAUUCAGCUUUGAGCUUCCACAGAUACCACUUGCUACCUCAUUCGAAGGCAGACACGGCAGUGUGCGGUAUUGGGUGAAAGCUGAAUUGCAUAGGCCUUGGCUUCUACCAGUAAAAUUAAAGAAGGAAUUUACAGUCUUUGAACAUAUAGAUAUCAACACUCCUUCGUUACUGUCACCCCAAGCAGGCACAAAAGAAAAGACUCUAUGUUGUUGGCUUUGUACCUCAGGCCCAAUAUCUUUAAGUGCCAAAAUUGAAAGAAAGGGCUACACCCCAGGUGAAUCAAUUCAGAUCUUUGCUGAGAUUGAGAAUUGCUCUUCCCGUAUGGUAGUGCCAAAGGCAACCAUUUACCAAACACAAGCAUUCUAUGCCAAAGGGAAAAUGAAGGAAGUCAGACAGCUUGUUGCCAACCUCCGUGGGGAAUCCUUGUCAUCUGGCAAAACAGAAACCUGGAAUGGCAAACAGUUGAAAAUUCCACCUGUUUCCCCUUCAAUCCUUGACUGUAGUAUAAUCCGUGUGGAGUAUUCACUGAUGGUAUAUGUUGAUAUUCCAGGAGCUGUGGAUUUGUUCCUUAACUUACCACUGGUCAUUGGUACCAUUCCUCUACAUCCAUUUGGUAGCAGAACAUCAAGCGUAAGCAGCCAGGGUAGCAUGAGCAUGAACUGGCUUGGUCUGACUCUGCCUGAAAGACUAGAAGCACCUCCUAACUAUGCAGAAGUGGUCACAGAGGAAAACAGACAGUCUGGCCUUGCUCCUGUAGCUGCUUUUGAUGAUUUUCAGAGAGCACUGCAAGGACCAUUAUUUGCAUACAUCCAGGAGUUUCGUUUUCUGCCUCCUCCCCUAUAUUCAGAAGUAGGAAGAGCCUACGCUGCUCACCACGGUAACCCCCCCCCCCGCUCCUCCCCCAUGGCUGCGGGAUCUGCGCUGCUCGACCCCCAAGAUAAUCUCUUAUCUAUAAACACAGAUAUCCUCCCAAACUCUGUCUCGGCUCCCCCCCACCUCUGGUCGUGGGGGUCCCUUUUCCUGCCUCUGCCGCCCCCUCCCCCGCCGCGGCCCCCCCUCCUCCCGCGCCGGCUCCGUCCCUCUCCGCCGCGGACCCUGCCACCCCCCUCCCACCCCCACGGUGACUCUGACUCCUCCCGUCGCAAUGUCCCCGACCCCGUUCCCGCCGCCCCCGCCCUUCCCACCCCGGCUCCGAGCGGCCCGGCCCCUCCCGACGUCUUCCGGAUCCCCGCCCCGGCCACUGCCGUGCCCGCGUUCAUCCCCGCCACCCCCCGCCUGCGCAGUGCCUGCCACAGCAGGGGGUCCCCAGACAUUCGCACUCCCAACCUCAGCAGGGAGUGCCCACACAUGCGCAGUCCCACCACACCACCCCGUAACCGCGAUGCUAUCAUCCACCAUUAUGUGGAUGAUAUCCUGGUAUGUGCUUCAGAUAAAGCUUACUUGGACAAUACAGUUAAAAAGACUAUUGAAACCAUAGAAAAGGCAGGAAUGGAGAUUCGUGAAGAUAAAAUACAGUACACCAAACCAUGGACUUACCUUGGAGUCCAGAUCUGGGAAAGGACCAUCGUACCCCAGCAGCUCACCAUAAACGACGACCCAAAAACCCUGAGGGACUUACACAGUCUUUGUGGAUCCAUCAACGGGGUACCUCUACUGCUAGGAAUUACAACAGAGGACCUUGCUCCCCUGCUCAAUCUUCUUCAUGGACCUAAGGACCUGGACUGUCCCUGCACUCUCACUGAAGAAGCCAGAGGUGCCAUCACCAAAGUUCAGGAAGCUCUGUCUUCACGCAAAGCCCAUCGCUUCGAGCCCAGCCUGCCUUUCAAGUUCAUCAUCCUGGGAAAAGCACCUCGAUUUCAUGGACUGAUAUUCCAAUGGGACUCCCAGCUUCGAGACCCUUUGUUGAUACUGGAAUGGGUCUUUACAAGUAGCCAGCCUACAAAGACACUUACCACCUACCAGGAGGUCAUGGAGAUUAAAACAGAUAAUGGACCAGCCUAA